AAACUAUGUUUCUACUCAAUGCACAUGUAGGUUAUUACCAUACGUAUUUUUUUUGGUUGAUAUAAUAGGUGAAGCAGAAACCCUCUAUUGAGAUGAAAUGCUUUAUAUAGUCCCUGUAGAUGCAGUUGUGUUCAUGCAAGAGAUGGAGACUUUAAGACCAACGCUAGUAUUCACCUUGCUGUUUGUUGUCACUUUUGUGGCCUCUGAAGAACCAUCCCAGAGCGUGAUUGACUUUAUGAAUGUUCUCAAUGGAGAGUUUACUAACAUCAAACAAGUGGACGAUGAAGAAGCUCAGAAUUCACCAAUAAGACAUCCCUUUUCUUCUUUAACAUUCAAACCAUGGACUGUAGCUGCCUUUGAUCAGACGUCCAUUCUGUUUGUGGAACAAACUUUUAACGAUUUCGUUGCACGACGGGAAGUUGUGGUUGUCAUGGAAACAGAUGAUGGAAACAUUCGACUCAUCCCUUACAACUUCACCAACAAUCUCAUCAGCGGACCUGGUGCGUUUGAUCUUGAAAGCCUAAACAAUCUUUCUCCAAAAGAUUUCACUUACCUGGAGGAUUGUACUAUUAGAUUUUCAAGACUAGGUAGACAGUUAUAUGUUGGCAUCUGGCCAGACUGCAAAGUCUAUGUAAAUGAGAAACACCCGGGCUACGUACUGACCCUCACGUGUAACACGAUCAAUGCAGAUGUCGUACAAAAAGAGUCACUGGAGCAUGUCCCUGAGCCGUAUUUCCAUAUCGUUCAGGGAGAGAAGUUUCCACUGCCGUCAUACUUGAGUGACUUUGAUACGAACAAACUGUGUUCUUGAUAUAUAACUAUUUGUGUUCACCUAAAUAGAAAAACUCAUGGACAUACUAGGACCUUAAAGACUUAAUGAUAUAAUCAAAUACAAA